AUGCCACGCUGGUCGUCCUUGAAAAAGAUCCUUGGCUACGAGUUCCAGAAUAAGGAUAAUCUAAAACUUGCUCUUACGCAUACAACUUCGAACCCCAUCAAGUGCCCAAGUAAAGACAGUGACCGUUUGGAAACGCUGGGGGAUAAAUUCCUAGUAGGCGCCAUGAUCAUGGUAAAAUACUACAAAACAUAUCCUACUUAUGGGGCAGAAGAAUUGGCUAAUCUUACGUCAAUGAUCACCUGUAACGGUUCCUGCAGUAAUCCAAACAACCAUUCCAGAAGAAGGAUUGCAAUUGGGAUUGAUUAUCCGAAGGUUUACGCUGAUCUUUUCGUGGCGGUUGCAGCGUCUAUUUACGUUGACUGCAAUGAAGACUUUAAUACUUUUCGCCGUGUCUUUUUUUAA